ACACGACCUACCCCCAUCACUUGAUUCCCCCAUCAUCCUACAUACCGUCUGGAGCACACCAUGUCGCCCAUCUACAAGUUCACCUCGGCGUCGACCUACAAGGGCUCGAUAGCCUCAUCAUCAUCAUCGUCAUCGUCCGAGGGAGAGCCGCUCGCAGCAGGCGCCGCCAACGCGGACCAUCAGGAGACCACCUCGUCCGGCGCCGCCAACGCGUCCGCAGCAGCAGCAGCAGCAGCAGUAGGCCCCGCCAACACGUCCUCAGACCCGCCGCCGGAGACGACGGGCGGCGGCGAGUCGUCGUCCAGGGCGGCUUCCUCGUCCAGGGCAGCGUCCGGGGCGUCCAGGGCGUUCGAGGCGCUGGCAGCAGCAGCGGCGGCCCUGGCGGCCGAGUCGGCGGCCUCGGACAAGGACGAGCAGCAGCAGCAGCAGCAGCAGCAGCCGGACCCGGACCCGCGCCGGCCGCCGGCCGAGCUGGUGGUAGUGAUGCGCUGCUUCGACGGCCACGAGGUGGCGCUGUGCGCGCGCAAGCCCGACGACUGGCGCGACCUGAUGGGCCGGCUGGCCGACGAGCUCGGCAUCCCCGUGGCCGUGCUCCGGACCUUUCAGUACUGGCGCCAGACGGGCCCGCGGCGCGACUCGGACCGCGCGCCCGUCGGGCCCGCCUCCUGGGCCCGAGUGGAGCCCGACGCGACGAUUGUGAUGGAGCCGCCGCCGCCGCCGCCGCCCGGCUGGACGGUCGACGACGAGGCUCGCCACGUGGAGCUGCGGGACACGCUGCCCAGGGACACGACCAUUAUUGUGAAUA